CUAUCCCACUACUCAUCCGUAUAUCAAAAUGAAGGAGAUCGAGUAUCUAUACAACGAGAUGGGCCAUUUGGGCCGCGUACACAAGCCGCCGGUGCCGUGGUGUGCCAUUAUGACCAACAAGGCUAUGAUAGCCAUGGUUACAGCACAAAUCGGACAUGAUUGGGGUCUCUUUGUGAUUGUAACGGAUCUGCCAAAAUAUUUCUCCGGAGUUCUGGGCAUGUCAGUGCAAAAGAAUGGCUUUCUCACAUCUCUCCCCUUCAUUCUGUUCUGGGUCGUGUCCAUAAUCAGCGGAUUUGUUGGCGACUGCUUGAUAGUAAGGAACUAUUUGAGCGUGACAAAUGUGCGAAAAGUAAUGACUGUAAUAGCUGCUUGGGGUCCUGGCGCGUUUAUGGUGUUGGCCUCCUACGGCGGCUGUAAUCGAAUGUUUGUGGUCAUUAUGUUCACCUUGUGCAUGGGUUCGAUGGGCCCCUACUUUACCGGAAUGAAGCUCAGUCCACUAGAUAUGAGUCCAAACUACGCAGGCACCAUAAUGGCUAUAAGUAAUGGCAUUGGCGCGCUAACCGGUAUAUUGGCGCCCUAUUCCGUCGGCCUCUUGGCACCCAAUGGCACAAUGAUAGAGUGGCGUUAUGUGUUCUGGCUGGCCUUUGCUUUGCUGUUCAUAACGGCGAUCGUCUUUAUAGUGUGGGGCUCGGGCAAAGUACAGCCCUAUGAUGAUCCUGAUUACGCCGAGAAACGUCAGGCCGAGAAGGCCAUCAAGAAAUCAGAGAAAGAGAAGGAAAAAUGAAUUGAAAAAAGGCAACAUAACAGUCAUAUAUUAAUGCAGAUUAUUAAACUUAUAUACAUAAUUU